CUUUGACUAAGGCAUCAACCCCACGACUCGCUCCCAUAAAACAAAAAUUAGGGUUUCAGUAGCUAUAAACCCUAAUCUGCUUCUCCUUUACUGCUCCCUGAAUAUUUUGGCGAUCCGAUUGAGGCGCGGCUGAGCUCGCUAGGUCUGAGAAAAAGGCUAUUUUCAGGAAACCAUGGAUACAGGAGUUAAGCUGGCAGUUGUGGUCAAGGUCAUUGGCCGUACUGGAUCAAGGGGUCAAGUUACACAGGUUCGAGUGAAGUUUAUAGAUGAUCAGAAUCGUCUUAUUAUGCGAAAUGUGAAAGGACCUGUCAGAGAAGGUGACGUCCUUACUCUGCUGGAAUCUGAAAGAGAAGCAAGGAGACUGCGGUGAUCAUGUUUCACUUACUAAAAUUCUUGGGUUUGGAUUGCGGUGGAAUAUUUUCGUAGAUUUUUGAAUGAGCAGAGAUCAUGGAGUAUAGCCUUUUAAUGUUUUAGACAUUUAUUGGAAAUUGUUUUCUUUGAUUGCCUGAUAGGCAAUGCUUAAUUUGUUUUAUUAAACAAGACUUGUUAUUAUCAACUACUCUUCUUGAUUUGAAUCUAAUCUAUAAUCAUAUGGUUUCUAGGAAAUAUAUAUUGAUUUAUAA